UUUAAUUUGAAUUUUCAUAUAUCUUUUUAUUUUUAUGGAAAUAUUUAUUACUUUUAACUUCCUUACAGCUCCAACAACUCAUCUUUUUGCUAAACUUAGCUCCGUUUUAUUCUCCGCACACAUACUGUUGUUUUAAGCCAUUUCCUUAGUUUACCAGGUCGAAAAUUCACCAGUGUCAGUGUUUGCGUUUCAUUAAAAACGGAUUAAAAUGUUUACAUAAAUAUACUUUUAUUACACUAAUAUGCAAUUCGCUUGCGAGUAUGAGGUCGCCACUCAUACACUUUCCUGCUGUUUCCCCUGCAAAUUGUUGUUUGUGGUCUGUAAAGUAAAAACUUGACUACCGAAAAACAAGAAACUUACUUUCUCCAUAAUGGCUGUGUCUAUAGAAAAUAAAGCUUUAAAGUUUUAUGUUUGCCUUGUGGGCGAAUACGGUUGGGCUUUCCCAGCUUAAUUACCAGAAAGGGAGUAUUUAUUACAUCAUUAUGUCGUUCAUUCCCGGAAAAAGGAAAGAGGCGAAUGGAUGAGCGGAUGAGCGUAGGCGCAAGCGGUGGAUUAAAAGCGAGUUAAGCGACUGUUAGUUAUGAAAUGUUCGUGAAAAGUUUGCCUAUAAAAUUAACCAAUUAUGCGCAUUAAGUGUUCAUCAUUUUUGCUGUCUCUCAAACACUCAAACUCUGCAACUGGAACUGAAACUGAAACUAAUUUUCAACAGGCUUUUUGGGUUGCCGCUUUGCUUGGUUUUUGUGUUGAGUAAAAGCAAUUAAUAGUUUAGUUUGUCUACGAAGUAUGCUUCGUUAAUUUAUGUUUACUUAGUUAGGGUCGAUUUGGUGUUUGUAGAAUUCAAACUAAAAUUUUUAAAAAUAUAGUUCAAGGUUAAAACGUUGCAAUUUUCGAUUUUAUAUUAAAAAAAUAAUAUUUAAGGAAAAAUUAUACUGAAAUGGCUUACGAAUUAUUAAUUAAAUAUUAUAAAAAAUUAAAUUUAGCUUUAUGCAGUUUAAAAUGUAAAUUAUUUCUUAAAAUAAAAGAAAUUUAAAUUUCGAAAAAAUGGCAGAUUAUUCAGAAGCAUACAACAUACCAUACUGUCCGAUGAUAAAUUCAUAAAUAUGUCUGUAGGUAGGCUGUACACAAAAAGGAAUUUAAUUCAAUUAAAUUGACAAUUGAAUAGAAAGAGCAAAAUGGAAAAGCAGAAUGAUUGGAAAAAAAAUCAAAAUCAAUAUUAAUUGGCUCACUUAAAAAGCAAAUUGCGUAAAAUUCCCAUGCACUGUAGCGAUCACGCGUAUCCUCAACAACCACAACGCAACAAUUACAAUUACAACAAUUGCUACAAUUACAGCAACCAUGCCGGUGUUGCUCGUACGCAUAACGGUAAACAAAAAAACCGAAAUGGCACAGCGAAAUUGAGCAAAAGGGCACAGCUGUCACACAGGAAUAAACCCACACACACCUUUAUAUAAACGCAUGCAUAUAUGUAUGUACAUAUAUAACUGUACGUAUAGAAAUAUACAUGUGUAAGUUAACGCGCGCAUAAUUGAGUCCACAAAUGUGUUUGUAUGUUUACAACAAUGUUUAAUUGACGGCAAAAUGUCACAGCUGACAUUUGGCACUCUGUGCACGCGGUCACACGAAGAGCACAGCAUUUACAUAUAUAUUUGAGUUGCUGUAUGUAAAAAUAUAUAGUGACUCCGUUAAUACAUGAAUCUGUAAAAUUGAGCACUGAACGCUACGAAUAUCGCUUGUGCUCAUAUGUAAUUACAACAACCCUAAAGAAACCGUGCAUAUCUAUAUGCAAGCGUGUGAUACCUUUUCCCACUGUCACUUCAGUCAAGCAGCAAGUCAAUUAGUGAAGAAGUCAACGAUUCGAACGAACUAAUUUGUACGUUUGUGAGUUAACAGUAAUUUGAUAAAUACCAUUUAGUAAUUUCACUUUGAUGCGUGAACUUCUACAGUGGUGUUCAAUAUAUAUGAACUGUUGUCCGUUCUACAAUACUGUAUAUGGUCACAAUUAUGCAUGUAGGUAUGUAUUCAUACACAUACUUUGAUUAUAUUGCGGCACGCUUUCGACUCCUGUGAAGCAUAAGAAAAAUCACAACUCUACCGUCACUAUGUUGAACUUUAAUUAAUUAUAUGCGUCGUCAUUUCAACGCAACCGACUUUGACAAAGAGUUUUCUAUGACAACACUAUCAUAUCAACAUUCUCUCAUAAUUAAUUUGCGUACAUGCACAUAUGCAUUUAUGUGUAAUUCAAACACAUGUUAAACAAGUUCAGUGAACGCAAACGCCAUUGUCAAAGUUUGUACGCAUUAUCGCCUCAGCGGGCAAUGGGUUAAAAGGUGUCACCAAACUAACAGACCUGUCACCUUUCGAAUAACAAUGCGUUUAUACAUAUGUAUGUGUGUGUGUGUGCGUCUGUUUGAGAGCAAAUAUUUACGCGAGGUGUUGAUGCUGAUGCAGAUAAUGCUCAUUAGUCUGACACCGAGCUUAUUAAUUAUAUAAAUUCACUGGCAUACACGCAUAUACGAGAAGGUACACUUAUAUAACGGGUGAUUUUUUUGAGGUUAGGAUUUUCAUGCAUUAGUAUUUGACAGAUCACGUGGGAUUUCAGACAUGGUGUCAAAGAGAAAGAUGCUCAGUAUGCUUUGACAUUUCAUCAUGAAUAGACUUACUAACGAGCAACGCUUGCAAAUCAUUGAAUUUUAUUACCAAAAUCAGUGUUCGGUUCGAAAUGUGUUUCGCGCUUUACGUCCGAUUUAUGGUCUACAUAAUCGACCAAGUGAGCAAACAAUUAAUGCGAUUGUGACCAAGUUUCGCACUCAGUUUACUUUAUUGGACAUUAAACCAACCACACGAAUGCGUACAGUGCGUACAGAAGAGAAUAUUGCGUCUGUUUCUGAGAGUGUGGCUGAAGACCGUGAAAUGUCGAUUCGUCGCCGUUCGCAGCAAUUGGGUUUGUGUUAUUCGACCACAUGGAAGAUUUUACGCAAAGAUCUUGGUGUAAAACCGUAUAAAAUACAGCUCGUGCAAGAACUGAAGCCGAACGAUCUGCCACAACGUCGAAUUUUCAGUGAAUGGGCCCUAGAAAAGUUGGCAGAAAAUCCGCUUUUUUAUCGACAAAUUUUGUUCAGCGAUGAGGCUCAUUUCUGGUUGAAUGGCUACGUAAAUAAGCAAAAUUGCCGCAUUUGGGGUGAAGAGCAACCAGAAGCCGUUCAAGAACUGCCCAUGCAUCCCGAAAAAUGCACUGUUUGGUGUGGUUUGUACGCUGGUGGAAUCAUUGGACCGUAUUUUUUCAAAGAUGCUGUUGGACGCAACGUUACGGUGAAUGGCGAUCGCUAUCGUUCGAUGCUAACAAACUUUUUGUUGCCAAAAAUGGAAGAACUGAACUUGGUUGACAUGUGGUUUCAACAAGAUGGCGCUACAUGCCACACAGCUCGCGAUUCUAUGGCCAUUUUGAGGGAAAACUUCGGAGAACAAUUCAUCUCAAGAAAUGGACCCGUAAGUUGGCCACCAAGAUCAUGCGAUUUAACGCCUUUAGACUAUUUUUUGUGGGGCUACGUCAAGUCUAAAGUCUACAGAAAUAAGCCAGCAACUAUUCCAGCUUUGGAAGACAACAUUUCCGAAGAAAUUCGGGCUAUUCCGGCCGAAAUGCUCGAAAAAGUUGCCCAAAAUUGGACUUUCCGAAUGGACCACCUAAGACGCAGCCGCGGUCAACAUUUAAAUGAAAUUAUCUUCAAAAAGUAAAUGUCAUGAACCAAUCUAACGUUUCAAAUAAAGAACCGAUGAGAUUUUGCAAAUUUUAUGCGUUUUUUAUCGGUAUACAAACGCUUGUGUAUAAAAUAAUGAGAGCAGAAAUUUGCUGCUAAUAGUGAGAAUGGCUUUUCAAAGUCACAAUUUCACUUUUAAAAUCGCAACAAAUAUUCAGAGGAAUAGCAGACGUUACGUAUACGCCGUGGUACGCUCCAACACUGGCAAGUGCAAUGCUAUGAAAUCAGUCAAUUACAGUUGAACUUCAAUAACUCAAACUCUUUAACUUGCAAUAGAAGUCAUAUUUCAUACAAAUUACCUUCCGUAAGUAGGAAGUCUCUCUCAAUUAUGGUGAUUCGUGUUAGGGAAGUUCAAUUCUAUAUACAGUGGUGCUCCAGUAUAACGAACGCCGAUAUAACGAACGCUGUUUUUCAAUACAUUGAUGACUCUAUAUAACGAAAGCUGGAAAUUGGAUGAACUCGAUAUUACGAAUGUGUGGUGUUUGUAUUUGGUUUUGGUGGUAUUACAACAAAAAACAAUGCAGGCAGUUAAACACCCGUCGGUUCUUGUUAUUAUUGAGCUAUUUUUUUUAAGAAUUCUAUUUAUUUUUUUAUGGUUCAGGUUUGUAUACUACAACAAUUUUCACUUCAAUACUCCAUACUCUACUAAUACUUUUAAUUAUAGGUUGAAGAUUCUCUUGAAAGUCGAAGUCUACCAAUAUUACUCCUGGAUAACGCUGCUUCCUAGUCAUCCACCAGAAGAAGAUUUAGUGACUCCAGAUGGAAAAAUUUGAACAGUGUUUAUGCCACCGAAUGGAACGGCUCUAAUUCAACCUAUGGACCAGAACGCGAUUCGCCUCACCAAAUUAUUUUACCGAAAUUCUUUACUGAGCAGUGUAGUGCAAAAAGAAAAUUUAAAUACAGCGUUAAAGGACCUCACCCUUUUCAAUGCAGUUCAACUUAUUGCUGCAGCUUGGGAAGAAGUUUCAGGGGUUGUUCUUCAGAAGUGUUGGAAAAACAUUUCAAUUAAUAAAACCACACCUGACGAUGAAGAUGAUGAGGACAAUAUACCUCUAGCAGAUUUGCGAUUCCGAGAAGACCUUUCUGUUAUGGAGAGCACACUUUCUCUUAUCCAUACAAUGUUUCCCCAGACAAACUUCAACACAGAUGAUUUGGAAGCAUGGAACAGUGUAGACAAUGUACUUGUAGAAGAGAACCCGAGUACUGAAAAUGAACUAGCUAUAGAAAUUUCGGAAGAGGAGGAAGGUGAUACCGCUGCAGUUGUAGCUGUGCCGCCAAUAAAGCAUACUGAUGUCAUCGACUGCUUUGGUCUGAAGAAAACAACGUGGAACAGGAAAAAAUAUUUUUAUUGAAAAGCCUACAUCAAAUGGCACAGGAUCUCAAAAUUUCUCGCCCACAAAAGCAAAUGAGCAUAACAAAUUUCUUUUCAGUUGAAUAAUGCUCAUGUUUUUGUGUAAUUUUUCGUUUAUUAAAUAUUAUUUCUUUUUUUUUCAAUAUAAAAUCAAAUUUUUUCUAACUUAUUAUGUAUUAUAUUAUUAAAAGAUGAUUUUAGAAUUUGUGACGAGUUAAACACAUUAGUUUGCAUAAAUUGUCUUUUCUUCAAUUUAAUAGCCUUUUCACACAGGAGCUAAUUGAUCAAUUAAACUUACCAACUUCUUGUGAAAGACAAAAAUAAAAAUUUAUAAUAGCUGAUCGGUUAUCCAGUGUGAAGGGUUGGUUUCUGGUUUCUCAAUCAAAAUUCUAAUUGAUCAAUUAAUUUGGCUGUGUGAAAAGGUUAUAAAAAUAGUACAACUUUUGCUAUAAUUUAAUUCAUUAGGAAAUUUUUCAUAAAAAAUAAAAAAAAAAUAAUUAAAAAAAAAAAUCAUCGCACUGGUUCCAUCCAGGAUCGAACUGGAGACCUUCUGCGUGUAAAGCAGACGUGAUAACCGCUACACUAUGGAACCGCUUGAUUUAUUGUUGGCAAUGCGCAAAUAUACCUUGUAGUAAGAGCAAGAGAGUGUUCAUUAGCGCCACUCUCUCUUGCUGCUCUUGCUUGCGCUAAGAGUAAUAAGAUAAAGCAAGAGAGUUUUUUUCGUUUAUUUUUGUUUUGCUGCGAAUGACAUACACGACAACCAGUGGGUGGUAAAAUGAGACAGACAACAAGUGUUAAACGUUCUAAAUUAGAUUUGUUAACAAGAACAGAGAGAUCUAUGUACAUAUGUACAUAUAUUUAUGCAAUCAUACAUAUAUGCCAGGCCAGUUUACUACUUUAUUAUGCAAUUUAUUUCAGAAAUACAUAUUUC